UAUCUACAUAAUGGAAAAGCCUUUGCUUUUGUACAUAUUUCUUUUCUACUGGCAUUUCCUAAAUGCUUUAUUCACAGUUGAAGCUCCCCAGUCACUCUACACUGUGGAACAUGGGAACAACGUGACCAUGGAAUGCACAUUUCCAGUGAACGGGAAAUUAAAGUUUAGAGAUUUAAGUGUCAGCUGGGAAAAGAAAGAUGAGUUGAGGAAGCAGGUUUAUGAACUUCUCAAAGGAGAGGAAGACUUUGAAAGGCAGCACAGUGAUUUUAAGGGAAGAAUAAAAUUGUUGAAAGAGAAUCUGAACUUGGGACAGUCUCUCCUUCAGAUCACUGAUGUGAAGCUGAGAGAUGCAGGGGUUUACCGCUGUCUUAUUGGCUACGGGGGAGCUGACUACAAGACAAUCAGUCUGAAAGUUAACGCUCCUUACAGAACUAUAGCUCAAGGAGUCGUGAGCACAGGAGACAACAAAUGGAAGUUGACAUGUCAGUCAGAAGGAUACCCACAAGCUGAAGUGAUAUGGCAAAACGGAGAAUAUGAAGAUUUGACUGAUAAGGCAAACACAAGUUAUGAAACUGGAAGUGACCAGCUGUAUCGUGUGACAAGUACCCUUACAAUCGAAAGUAGGAUUGAUGAGAUUUUUUACUGUAUAUUCUGGAAUAAAGAGCUGCAAGAAAAUACAUCUGCCAUUUUACACAUAGCAGAUUCAGCUGAUGGUGUUCUGUGGACUGAGAGCAGACGCUUUGUUGGAGCAAUUCUCAUUGUGACUGCUUUCUUUGGAUCAGUGCUUCUAUUUACGCUCUACAUAAGAAAAGCUAGAGCAAAUAAGGACAGUAGAACACCUGUGGCUCAUUCAUCAAUAGCAAAGCUGUCAAAAGAUAAGGAUACACAUGCCUGCAGAGAUGCUUCUUUUGAAGAUGAAGAGCUGAAAUACAUACAAAUUGAGAAGACCUAGAGAAAGCAGGGGAAGCUUUUUUCCUCUGUGGUGAAGGUUUGACAGCUCAGAUGUUCUGUGUUCUGUCUAUUAAGGGGGAUAUUAAUUUUUUGUUUUUAUUCUGUGAUGGUAAUCUUCUUCCAUAUCAUUGUAACUCGGGAAAAACAGCAAUGAAGUUAAUAGAAUUAUUAUAGCAUAAAAAGUCCUUGGAUUCAGGCUUCUGUAUAUGUGACUAGGUAUGGAGGUAUUUAUUUAAAUAUCC